AUGGUUUGGCUUUCUGCACGCUUCGUUCCUCUUUUUCUACCCUUCUGUUUGCUCUGCUCGGCUCCUCAGCAGGCUGGCGAGGCAGUCAGUCUUGCCGCGCACGGAGCUUCCUUCAGCGCAGCUGCCGCGCGGGCGACCUCUUCAGCAGGCCCUUCAUGGGUUCGCUCUGGCGCGUUUGCCCCAUCUCUCUCUCCCUUCUGUUUUCUUCAUGGCGCGCCGUCGCAGAUGUCUUCUCGUGGUCGCCCCAGAGCCGCCAAGGGACCGGGCGCAAUUCGUCGUCAGUGGAACCUAGAUCCGGAGGAGCCGCAGCCAUUGUUGGCUGCGCUCUGUCGCUCUUCCUUGAAAGGAAAUGCGUUUGAAUCCGAUUCUGGGUCCGCGUCAGACUCCUGCGCGCUUACGUCGCACAUGCGUUUGCGUGCGUCUCGAGGCCGCUUCGCCGAUCCUCCUCCCUGCGGAAUCGCCGUGCUGCCCUCUACACCCGCUGGACGGCCUGCAAGUCCCAAUUUUCAGAGUCCUCCAGCCGUGUGGCGCAUACGGCUGGAAGCAGAAGGCCAGGCAGCAGUUUCGCCCUUGUCUGCCUCGAGCGCACGCGCUGCCGCGAGACCUUCCACGACCCUCUUCUUUCGGCAUGCACAUGGCGCCUCGCCGACGCUCCCCGUCGCGCCCUGCCGCGAAGCACGCAGAAGAACGCUGACUCGGAUAUGUGUGUGCGAGGCGACUAGCACGCCUGCUCAGGGCAUCAAAGGGGGAGAGGACGAAGCAUCUUGCGGCGCUCCGGAGGAAGCGCAUCACGAGAAACGUGAGGAGGCGAGCGCGCGCGAUGCCAGUCAAGCAAGCAGGGGGAGGGCCGAACAAGGACAGGGAGAGUGUAGUGGCGCAAAAUCCGAGGAGCUCGCGCAACUACGCCGAACUGGCGAAGAGAUAAGCGGAAGCGGCGGCGUACAAGAAAAAGAGAGACUGCACAUGAUGAGCCCACGGCAUCUUGCAGAGAGGGGCGAUGAGGUGCUGCAAGUCCUCCGCAAACGUCACGAGCCUGAGGCUCUCGUCAAUGCAGCCCAGAAUCUUAUCGCGAAUCUCCUCCCGGCACAUCGCCGUCUGCAGAAGGAAGCUUGGCAAAAAGCCACGGAGCGCCGCCAGCGCGCGGCUGCCGCCUUCGCGGCAUCCCAGAAGGCCGCAAACGAGCAAGGCAGCGAGACCAGAGAAGAGAAAUCUAUGCUGACGGUUCUGCACCGAAAGGCCGUCGAAACGCGCGCGGCUGCAGCCAUCCGGGUCCAGGAACUUCGCAGUUGUGAAGAGAAAAUUCGAGAUAUUGUGAAGCGACUCCCAAAUGCGCUGGACAGCCGAGUUCCCUCUGGUGUCGAUGCUCGAGAUAGUAAGGAAGUUGACCGCUGGUGGCCUCCGUCUCUGUCUGUGCCGCCGCCUCCCGCUCCGUCGGGUUCCGGUUUUUCUGCUUCGCCUUCUCGUUCUUCGUCGCCUCGUUCUCGCCACGGCGAGGGGGGCGCCACGCGAUCCGGACAGAAGGACGGAGGUGGAGGCGACGGCCGAAGCGUGCGCGGGAGCUUCACCACCUGCCACACGUCAGCUGAAGACGACACUUGUGCACAGGCCGGAACUGCCUCUGUUCCGCAGAGCUCGGAGCCUUCCUCGGCUUCCUCGCCUCGCCCGGCAGAUCACUGGGCCCUCCUCGCGGCUCUAAAUGCCUCGACAGACGGCGAGGCAACGACGCGGAUGGCGGGCAGGCGGCACUCCGCCCUGCAGGGCCUCGUGGCACGCCUCCACAGAGCACUCAAGAACUUCUUCGUCGACUCCCUGCUGUCCCUAGACCUUGGACGAGGCCGGGGCUUCGUCGAGGUUGGCGUUCCGCCUCUCAUUGUCAGUCGAUCUACUCUCGAGGGCACCGGUCAAUUGCCUCGUCUCGAGGACGGUCUGUUUGCUCUCCCUGCUGAACCAAAAAGCCAAAUUGCGACUGAGGACGCCUUCCUCAUUCCCACAGCUGAAGUCCCGCUCGUCGGAUUCUACAGACAGAAGCGAAUUCCCGAAGAGGAUUUGCCGAUACGUCUUGUCGCGGCGACGCCUUGUUUCAGGCGCGAGGAUGGGACUUAUGGGCGCUGGAACCGCGGCCUUCUUCGGCAACAAGUCUUUGAAAAAGUCGAGGCAGUGGUGAUUUGCACGCCAGAGCAGGCGGAGGCUGAGCACGCGCGACUCCGAGAAAUUGGCAAAAUGCUUCUCAAGCAACUGGAGAUUCCUUUUCGCGAAGUCCUCCUCUGUAGCGGAGAUAUGGGUGCGGCGGCCGCGCUGUGUUACGACCUGGAGGCGUGGCUUCCGAGCCUCCAGGGGUUCCUUGAGGUCUCCUCCAUCUCGAACUGCUGGGACUAUCAGGCCCGUCGUCUCUCCGUGAAGUAUCAGCCAGCGCGACAGAGUUCUCGGCGGAAGCAGGCCGACAACGCGGAAGCGGAGCCAGGAAGCGACGGCGAACAGGCGAAAGCCUCAGGAAAACUUCCAGCACGCUUCUGCUACACUCUGAACGGCUCAGCUCUGGCUGUAGGGAGGACGCUAGUUGCGCUGAUCGAAAGCCACCAGUUCACCAGGGAAGUCAACGGCAAACGCGUGCACGGCGUGCGGAUACCAGCCCCGCUUCGACCCUACCUCUUAGGGAUCUCAGAGAUCUUAGAGGAACCGACGGCGGGAGUUUCUUGA